UCCUAUAAAAAUCUACGAUCCGUUUGGGCCUUUUAACGUUGAUGGUCGCGUUUUUGUUUAGAUUUAUAACGAAACAGGGUUAUGAUUUGGGAUUGUAACAAAAUAGACAAAUUCGUGAACCGGUUUUCAAUACCAUAACAACGCAUUAUGGAUGCUGUGAACGCGUUCAACAUGGAGUUAUUCUCCAUGAUCGACAUGAAGCCUCCGAUAUCCCGCGCUAAGAUGAUGUCUGUCACAAAAUCGGCCAUCAAAGCCAUUAAGCUUUACAAACAUGUCGUCCAAAUAGUUGAAAAGUUCAUCAAGAAGUGCAAGCCAGAAUUAAAAGUCCCCGGCUUGUAUGUUGUCGAUUCCAUUGUUCGACAGUCACGCCAUCAGUUUGGUGUUGACAAGGAUGUCUUUGGGCCCAGAUUCUUAAAGAACUUCACAGACACCUUCCAAAACCUUUACCGCUGUCCAGAGGAUGAUAAGAGCAAAAUUGUCCGCGUUUUGAACCUGUGGGAGAAGAACGGUGUGUUUGACAUGGACAUCAUUCAGCCUCUGAUGGAUAUGGCUAAUGGAGCCAUUUUACCUGCACCAGCACUGGAAGUUCCCACAGAUCCACAACCACAGGCUCCUGUCACUAGUGCCUCAGUUGUGUCUACUUUGCCCCAGCUACCUACUCCAGAUGCCUUAGCUGCUGUAGCACAGCUGUUCCAGUCCCCCCAGGGACAGGAGCUGCAGAGGAUGCUGCAGAAUUUCCAGCAGGCAGAUAAGACCCUGGCAGCCACCGUCACAAACAACACGCCAAACCCAGCCCAGGUGCCUGCGGCCCAGCACAACCCGUACAGUGCACACACAGAAAAGAGAAGCUCCUUAGCUGAGAAACUCCUUGAUCGAUUUGACUAUGACGAUGAGCCUGAGGAUAUCACAAAUAAAGAAGGCGCUGCCCGUCCGCUAGGUGUUCCUGAAAAUGUGUUUAACCAGUAUCCUGGUCAGGUGCCGAACAUGGAGAAUGUUCAUCCACAUAUGAUGGGACAGACUGCUGGUAUUGAGCACGGUGGAGGAAUGAGUCAUGGGGAACAUCAUAUGAUGUCUGAUGGAUACCGUUCCAUGAAUGAUGCUUAUUCACAAUCACGGGGAAGAGAAGACUCAUCUAUGAGGAAGGAAGGCAGACAUAGAGGCUAUGGCAGGAGAUCAAGAUCCAGAUCUGGUUCCAGAUCUCCCAGGAGAAGAAGAUCAAGAUCUACGUCCCGCUCGAGAAGGACAAGGCAUCGACGCUCUCAUUCUCGUUCCAGAGAACGCCGAUGGCGAUCUCGUUCUCAUUCUCAGGACAGAAGUGAAAGAGAGAAGGACAGAGAGCGCAGACAGAAAGGUCUUCCCAGUAUCAAGAGCCAGACGCUCAGUGUUUGCAGCACUACACUUUGGGUUGGUCAGCUGGACAAGAAAACUCAACAGUCUGAUGUGAUGUCCCUCCUCGAAGAGUUUGGCCAAAUUGACUCCAUCAAUAUGAUACCUCCGAGGGGUUGUGCCUAUAUUGUUAUGGUUCACAGACAAGAUGCCUAUACAGCCUUGAGCAAGCUCAGUAGGGGGUCAUACAAAGUCAAUCAGAAACCAGUUAAGAUUGCUUGGGCUUUGAACAAAGGUAUAAAAGCAGCGCAUAAAAAGUUCUGGGAUGUGGAGCGAGGCAUUACCUACAUACCUUGGACCAAAGUCAAAGUUGAGGAGUUGGAGAGCUAUCGUGAAGGGGGUAUGCUGGAUGUGGACACACUAAAUCCAGAGUGGAACAACGUCAUUGACCUCAGUAAACAAGCAGCUGUGAAUGGAGCGUUGGAAAAUGCACCAGCAGAUGGAACCAUCACUGCUCACAUCCAGGUGCCACCGGUUCAACAGGCAGCACCAAUGGGAAGUCCCCCUGCUUUUCCAGGCCCCAUCAUGCUGUCCCCUACAUCCAUUCCCCCAGGAGGAGCUCCUUUCAUCCCCACAGAGUUAAACCCCACACAGUUGACACCAACAGGAGGGGUAAAACCUCCAGAGGAGUCCACCAUUGAUUCUAAAGGAGACAAAAGCAGAUCCUCUGAUAUAGGUACAGACAACCCGCUGGGAUCUCCUACAGCACCAGUGAUGACUCUGCCUGGCCCGCCAGUCAUGCAGGGUCCCAGACUGGGUAUGCCGCCUCUGCAGCAUCCUCCUGGAAUGCCAAAUCCUCAUCUACCUCCAUUCCUCGCACCUCCAAACAUGCCUCCGCAAAUGAUGCCUGGGGGACCCAUGUUUCCACCAGACAGAUUCAGGAUGCCAAUGCCUUUCCCUCCUCGGGGCCCUCCUUUUCAUCGACAUCCUUCCAUGGGACCAGAGGGCAUAGGUGACAGGGAGGGGAUGCAUUUCCAAAACGGAAGGCCAGGGUUUGGGUGCCCGCCUUUCCACAGAGGAGGAAGGUGGUAGAGGUUGACUAAAUGACGGACCUCAGGGGAGACAAUGAUAAACCACUGUGAGAUCCUAAUAAAUAUGACAACAUCUGGUUCAACAAAAAGACUGCUGUGAAAGAUAUGGUUGCAGGAACUUUUAUUCAGACUUCUUUUUUUGUUAACCACCAGAACCUUUUCUUAGGGUCGAAUGAACAAUGAAAAACAAGACAUGGCAUUCUGAAUGUGCUCCAUGCGCCGUCAAGUUCACCAGAGAAGAAACCUAUUUGCUGUAAAUACUGUUCGUGCUUGUAGCUCUUUGCUAUCUUUUGUAUAGACCUAUUUGAAGUUGAUUCGUUUAUGUUUAAGUCUGUAAUCCUGGUAGUUGGAGAUUAAAACAAAGGUCUGUAUUUUUUGAGGUUAUUCCCUCACAAGUUUUUGUGUAUGGAAGGAAAGAGUAAAACGUUAAAGUUCAUACCCUUUUUGGUAUAUUGUUUUUAAGUUUAAAAAAAAGUCUUUGUACCACACAGAUGUCUAAUUCUUCACCAGAUACGCUGGAUUUCAUUUGAAUCAGAAAAAAUGAGAUUUCAUGUCCUGCCAGUAGAGGGUAGAGUAAACCCUGUUACUAUGGUCAACCUCUGUUGUACAUUAAGGUCACACCUUGUAGGAUCAUGUGCAGUGAAUAUUAAAAA